GGUGUUUGGUCUAAACCAAAACUAGCCGGUUGAUCUAUAUCGAACGGCACAUAUCACGCGUGUACUUAUGUCACAUCGAAUCUGUGUGACACGCACUCACGCUCCCCUUCCUCUCUUUCUCUUUCUCUUUCUGUCUCUGCAACUCUCGGUGGUGGAGAAACCCUAACCACCUGCAAAACGCGGUCGUUACGUUCCCGAACCUCACUGUUCUCACGAGUUUCCACCACUGUUCGGAAGAUAAGUGCUUUCCAGGAAUUCGAUUUCCUUGGAUUUUUCAACUCUGAAAUUUGAAGAUUAUUGAAUCAAUUUGUCGUCAACUCCUAAUAAUUUCUGAGGGCUAUAAUCAUUGCUGGUUAAAGCAUUCCAUACAUUUACCCAUGAAAUACGCACACAGUAACAUAGCGCUAUAAAUUGUUUCUAAUGGAAGUUCAAGUGAUAAACGUCGAAGAAGGAUGUGGUCAUCAAGCUAAGGCAGAUGAUGGGGAUGCAGAACCAAGCGACAGUGAUGUUAAUAAUGCUGAAAACUCUGGAUCUCAUAUUGAGGUUGGGAUUUCUGAGCCAUAUGUGGGUAUGGAAUUUGAUUCCGAAGAUGUUGCUAAGACUUUUUAUGAUGAGUAUGCUAGACGCAUGGGUUUCAUGACUAAAGUUGGCCCGCGUAGUCGCUCUAAAGCUGAUGGAGCAAAUAUGUAUCGGGAGUUUGUGUGUGGUAGGGAAGGUUUGAAAAAAAGGUUUAAUGAUAGUUGUGAUGCAAUGAUUAGGAUUGAGUUAAAGGGUCAUAAUAAGUGGAUUUUGACAAAAUUUGUGAAGGAGCAUGGUCAUUCCAUGGUGAGUUCAAACAAGGGGCAUAACCUUCGGCCACGUAAGCAUUUUUCUAGUGUUGGAAGGACAAUGCCUGAAACUUAUCAAGGAGUGGGACUUGUUCCAAGUGGUGUCAUGUAUGUAUCUAUGGAUGGGAAUCGCAUUUCUACUCAGAAUACUCGUGUAAUUAGGAAUAUUCAUGCUUCUGCUGCUGGGGAUCCAAGCCACCCAGUUAAUAAUUCUACAUUGAUGAAUUACACUGUUAGGCCACCUUUUCAAAACAGGACAUUGGGAAGGGAUGCUCAUAAUCUGCUUGAGUAUUUUAAGAAAAUGCAGGCUGAGAACCCUGGUUUCUUCUAUGCUAUACAACUUGAUGAAGAAAAUCAUAUGUCUAAUGUCUUUUGGGCAGAUGCAAGAUCAAGGACAGCUUACAGUCAUUUUGGUGAUGCAGUUCAUCUGGACACAACAUACAGAGUAAAUCAAUACAGAGUGCCAUUUGCUCCUUUUACUGGGGUAAACCAUCAUGGUCAGCUGCUUUUGUUUGGUUGUGCACUGCUUUUGGAUGACUCUGAGGCAUCUUUUUUGUGGCUCUUUAAGACAUUUCUGACAGCAAUGAAUGAUCGCCAGCCUGUCUCUAUAAUUACUGAUCAAGACAGAGCAAUACAGACAGCAGUUUCACAAGUUUUCCCACAAACUCGCCACUGCAUUAGCAGGUGGCAUGUCUUGAGAGAAGGCCAGGAAAAGUUGGCCCAUGUAUGUCUUGCGCAUCCAAAUUUCCAGGUUGAACUUUAUAACUGUAUUAACCUGACAGAAACCAUUGAGGAGUUUGAGUCAUCUUGGAAUUCUAUCCUUGAUAAAUAUGAACUCCGAAGAAAUGAUUGGCUUCAGUCGUUGUAUAAUGCUCGUGCUCACUGGGUUCCAGCAUACUUCCGUGAUUCUUUUUUUGCUGCAAUAUCUCCUAAUCAAGGAUUUGAUGGUUCUUUUUUUGAUGGUUAUGUCAAUCAGCAGACAACAUUGCCAUUGUUCUUUAGGCAGUAUGAAAGAGCUUUAGAGAGCUGGAUUGAGAAGGAAAUAGAAGCAGAUUUUGAGACAAUCUGCACAACACCAGUCUUGAAAACACCUUCACCUAUGGAGAAACAGGCUGCUAAUCUUUAUACAAGAAAAAUAUUUUCAAAGUUUCAGGAAGAGCUAGUUGAAACUUUUGUUUAUACUGCAAAUAGAAUUGAAGGAGAUGGGGCAAAUAGCACAUUCAGGGUUGCAAAAUUCGAGGAUGUCCAAAAGGCAUAUAUUGUCACAUUAAAUCAUUCUGAGUUGAGAGCUAACUGUAGUUGUCAAAUGUUUGAGUAUUCAGGCAUUCUUUGCAGGCAUGUUUUAACUGUUUUCACUGUGACAAAUGUCCUUACAUUACCAUCCCAUUACAUCUUAAAACGGUGGACAAGGAAUGCCAAAAACAUUUCUGGUUCGGAUGAACGUGCUGUUGAAUCACACGGACAAGAGUCUCUGACAUCUAGAUAUAGCAAUCUAUGUCGGGAAGCCAUCAGAUAUGCUGAGGAAGGGGCAAUAACUGUGGAAACAUAUAAUGCUGCGAUGAGUGGUCUUAGAGAAGGUGGAAAGAAGGUUGCUGCUCUGAAAAGAAGUGUUGCCAAAGUUACACCUCCUAGUAAUCAGGCCAGUGGGACUGCUUAUGAUGACAGGAAAACUGCUGCUUCAACAUUUGAUACAACUCCUCUUUUGUGGCCACAGCAAGAUGAAAUAGCAAGGAGGUUUAAUCUUAAUGAUGCUGGUGGUCCUAUUCAAUCAGUUGCUGAUCUAAAUUUGCCACGAAUGGCCCCAGUAUCUCUUCAUCGAGAUGAUGGUCCAUCUGAAAACAUGGUGGUUCUUCCAUGCCUAAAAUCAAUGACGUGGGUAAUGGAGAACAAAAACUCAACUCCGGGGAAUAGAUUAGCUGUUAUCAAUUUAAAGUUGCAAGAUUAUAGCAAGACUCCGUCAACAGAAUCUGAGGUUAAGUUUCAGCUCUCAAGAGUAUCUUUGGAACCAAUGUUGAAGUCUAUGGCCUACAUCAGUGAACAGCUUUCAACGCCAGCCAAUAAAGUUGCUGUAAUAAAUCUAAAGAAAUGGUUGAAAAUGUUUCAGCUUCAAGAUACGGAGACAACUUCUGGUGAGUCUGAAGUAAAGUUUCAGGUGUCCAGGGAUACAUUGGGUGCUAUGCUACGAUCAAUGGCGUAUAUCCGUGAACAACUAUCUUAUGCUGGCGAUGCACAGUCGGAACCUGUAUUGAAAAAGCAUAGGAAGUAAAGCAUCAAAUUUUCAUUUCAUACCCAGGUUGGUGUGGAUAUAUUUUUUCUUGAUGGAAGCGUGAUGAUCACUCAAUACACAAAAUGGCUUAGAAGUUGUAGUGUUUUCAGUGUGGUUAGCUUCUUUUUUAAGUUUGUUGUCUAACAUAUUUGUACAUGUAUCAUAUAGUAGGCAGCAGCGUUUAUUUAUGCAAAGCAGUUGGAAUUUGCAUUCCCAUUCAUCAAACAACCCCAAAUAAUGAAUAGAACUGGGUUUAAAGAAUUUGGCCGAAACAGGCAAAUAGUGCCAAAAUGGGGAUAGAGUUUCAGUCAAAAAGUUAUGGACGUGGUAUAUUAUUUGGGAGGAAAGUUUCGGGCCAGUGCAAUAAACCAAUGUAAAACCGUUUAAUGAAUUGGUGAUACUUCUAAUUUAGGUUGUACUGGUUUAACCAUUUAAACCGACUGGUUAAAUGAGAUGAU